UUAUUGAAAAUUCCCCAAUUAUAUCUUUUUUUCAUCCAAUUAUCAAUCCCAAUGCAAGCCAAAAUAUUUCAAACAUUAAAGGCCCAAAUAUUAUUCAAUUAUAUAAAAAAAAGGAGCCUAAUGACCCUUUUCAUUUCAUAUUCUUUAGAAUGACAAAUAUCUUGAUUAAUUUCAUAAUUUCCAUAGGCCCAUGUCAGCCAUGUUCAAAUAUAUUUCAAUAUCCUGUUACUCACAAAAGGAGCAUGAAUAUAUCCUAUUAUAAAAAGGUUAAUAUUGAUGGUUCCCUCAAACCAAGAAAUUGGUUAUCCUAUAGCACCACUUUAGACAAAGUCUUUUGUCUUUAUUGUCUUAUGUUUGGUGGCCCUAAAUCCAAUACUUUUUGGACUCAACUUGGAGUAAAUAAUUGGAAAAAUUUUAAGCGUGACUUAGAGAGACAUGAGUCAUCUUCUAUUCAUAAGGAUUGUGAAUACACCAACAUGACUUGGCUUGCAAAUAAGCGUAUUCAAGAUCAUUUUCUAUCAAAUAGGCUUGAUAUAAUAAUGGAAAAUCGUAAUAUAGUUCAUAAUAUUAUUGAUGCCAUUAUAUACCUUAUAAAAUGUAACAUAGCCUUUUGGGGCACUAAUUCGAAUGAAGGUAAUUUUAUGUGCCUCAUAAAAUUAAUGGCAAAAACGGUUCCAACUUUACGGGCAUACAUUGAUAACAACGAAAAAUUGAGGAGAAAAAAAUCAGAUAAAAUUUCAAGACCUUAUAUAAAUUUAUUGUCAUAUGGCCAUGUGAAAAAAAUUAUUGAAGUCAUUAAGAUAAAAAUAAUAAAAUGUAUUAUUCAAAAAAUUAAAGAGAAUUGUGCCUAUAGCAUCAUAUUAGAUGGAACAUAUGAUGUGUCUAAAAAAGAAUGCAUUGCUUUACUUGUAAGAUAUAUAGAAGAUGAUCCGCAUCCACAUCCUGUAGAAAGGAUCAUCCAUGUUUUUACAACAUCAGAAACCACCGGGGAAAAUAUAAAGAAACAUGUUUUUUCUAAGUUCAAAGAUCUUGGUCUUCCUCUUGAUUAUAUGGUUGGGCAAAGUAUGGAUGGUGCAGGGAAUAUGAGAGGAGUAUACAAAGGAAUGCAGGCUUUAAUAUUGAAAGAGGCUCCAAAAGCCAUAUAUAUUUGGUGCCAUGCACAUAGGCUCAAUUUAGUAGUUGCUCAUGUUUGUGGAUGCAAAAUAGAAAUGAAAAAGGUAAUGGGAAUAUUGGAUGAGUUAUAUAAUUUCAUGAAUGGGGUAAGACGUCAAGGAGUGUUUGUUAAAUAUCAAAUGACAAAGUCUAAAAAAUCUCUUAAAAGAAUAAAAAAUACAACAAGAAAUUGGUCAUCAUCUUAUAAAGCUGUAGAAAUUUUUUUAGAUGUUUAUGAACAUAUUAUAGCAUCAUUAAAUGAAUUAAAAGAUUCUAAUGACCCAAGCACCUCUUCUAUUGCCGAUGGAUUAUUAACAAGAAUUAAGGAUGAAGAUUUCAUAUUAAGUCUAUUUAUUUUGAAAGAAAUAUUGAAAUGCACACAUGAGGCUUGUAUUGAAAUGCAGGCAGUUGGUAAUGAUUUGGCUAUGGUAACUAAAUUAAUACAACACACAAAAAAUAAAUUACAAAGACUAAGAGCUAAUGGGGAUAAUAUUUUUUUAAAAUUGCAUUCCUUAUCUAACAGUUAUUUGAAAAAGAAUAAUGUUACAACGGAAUUGCAUAAUAUAAAAUCAAUAUUCAAAUUUGAUCAAACAGCAUUCAAUAAUUAUGUUAAACAAAAAAAAAACAAAUAUAAAAGGGAAAUAUUUUUCCCUGUGCUUGAUACAAUCAUUAAUGAUUUAAAUGAAAGAUUUAAUUAUGAUUGUUUAAAUUUUUUAUCUCAAAUAUCUCUUUUUACACCAGCUGGAAUUAUAGCCAAUGAUAGAAUAGAAGGGUGGCAAAUAUCUCAAAUUUGUCAUACUUACCAAUUAAAUGCUCAAGAUAUUGCUCGUGAAUAUAAUGAUUUUCGAUCUUUAUAUUUGGAUUCACAAGCAAUCAUUUAUUGCAAGGAUCUUUUGAAAAUAAAAAAGAAUGAUGGGUUAUAUAUUGAUGAAAGUAUUGUAAACGAUGAAACCGAGGAAGAUAUCAAUAACGAUAACAUAAUUAAUACAAAAAAAUGGAUAAAAUAUUCAUUUAUACUACCAUAUCGUCUUUUAAAUAAAUUAAAUUCUUAUUCUAAUUUAUAUUUAUUAUAUAAAUAUUUAUUGACUCUACCAACUACUUCUUGUUCAGCCGAAAGAGUGAUGAGCAAAGUCAAAAUAAAUAAAACUAGAAUGCGGAAUAAAAUUUCUGACCCCUUUUUAGAAAAUUUACUUCUAAUAUCCAGCGAAAUUGAUGUUUUUGAAAGAUUUAAAAUAGACGACAUUAUAACGCGAUUUGCAUCUACGUCUAAAAGAUUAACUAAAUUAUUAAUAAAAUAAGUUAUAUCUUUUUCACAGCUAAUUAUAUACGCCUUUUUAAUAAUGUAAAUUUAAUUUAAUAGUUUUUUAUAUCAUUCUAGUCCGGUGCAUAAUAUAAUACUAUAUUCAUUUUAUUUAAAUAUUUUAUAAUAGUUAUAUUUACAUAAAUGUUUUUAUAAUUCCAGUGCAAAAUAUAUUAUAUUCAUUUUAUUUUAAUAUUUUAUAUAAAACUUAUAUUUACAUAGAUGUUUUUAUAAUUCCAGUGCAACUAUAUUCAUUUUUUUCUCAUAUUUUAUAUAAAAGUUAUAUUUACAUAAAAAAAUUUAUAUUUCCAGUGCAAAAUAUACUCUAUUCAUUUUAUAUUUUAUAUAAUAGUUAUAUUUACAUAAAUGUUUUUAUAAUUCUUGUGCAAAAUAUACUAUAUUCUUUAUUCUAAUAUUUUAUAUAAAAGUUAUAUUUACAUAAAAAUUUUUUUUAUAUAAUAGUUAUAUCUAUAUGAAUGUUUUUAAUUAAUAUAAAGGCAUUAGUAUUUAUAGAAUCAAGCUAUACCUCUUUAAAAUUACUCAUUUUGUUUUUUUUACUUAAUAUAAAGGUAUUAGUAAUUAUAGAAUCAAGCUAUACCUCUUUAAAAUUACUCAUCUUAUAUUUUUUUACUAAAUUUUUGAUAUUUUUUUAUAGUAAUGUAAAUAUGUUA